AAAGAUAAACUCAUCCAUUGUAAUAAUACUAGCCAAACUCAGUCAGUCCCAUGACUGCUGAAACUCUUCACUAAGAAAGACAUCACAUCCCAGACAGAGCACACCAUGGGCGUCCAGGGAUUGACCAGCUUUAUGGAGGAGAAUGGAAACAUUUUAAAAGAUGUUCACCUCAGAAACAGCAAAUUGAUCAUAGAUGGUAGUAAUCUGUUCAACUUGCUUUAUUUUAACUCACGUUUGGAUCAGAGUCAUGGAGGGGAUUAUGAUGCUUUUGAGGACCAGGUCUGCAAGUUCUUUAAGGCUCUGAGAGACUGCCACAUUGACCCCUUUGUGAUUGUAGAUGGGGGCUCCGACUACACCGACAAAAAGUUUGAAACUCUCAAAAAACGAGCUCUAUCAAGGAUCAACACUGCCAACAACUUGUCCAUGGGGCUUCAGGGGAGCAGUGGUGUAUUACCAACCCUCAUCAAACAUGUCUUCAAACAGGUCCUCAUCAGUCUGAAGGUGCCGUACGCACAGUGCAUUUGUGAGGCAGACCAAGAAAUAGCUUCCCUGGCUCGAAGUUGGAACUGUCCAGUGUUGUCCAAUGACAGUGACUUUUAUAUCUUUGACAUCCAGGCAGGAUUUCUGCCUAUCUCCCAUUUUCACUGGCAGAAAGUGUCUAUGCAACGCGGGAGCUCUAUAAGAUACAUUCCCUGCAAGCAGUACACCACAACAAGUUUCUGCAGACACUUCAACAUCAACAGAAAGGUUCUCCCAGUCUUUGCCUCUGUGGCAGGAAAUGACUACAUCAAGUUGCAUAACAUGGGUGUUUCCCUCAGGUGGGAAGAAUACUCGUCAAUGAAAGGAAGGUUUGCCCGCUUUGACGGCUUGCUGAAUUGGCUGACCCACUUCCAUGGGCAGAAGGAGGCCUUGGACUCUGUGCUCAGGCUCAUCAGUCAAAGUAACAACAGACAGAAAAUGGAUGCUGUCCUCCAGGGCCUCUCCCUGGGCAUAGAAGAGUACCAUCUUCCCCCUAGUUGCCUGGAGCGGUUCUUCAACGAUGGAGUGGGACCAGGGCCCGGCCGUCUCCCAGAGCCUCUGAGGGUCCUUCCAGACUGGACCCUGCUGCCGUUGAUGGAAGGUAGACUUCCCUCCUGCAUGGUAGACGUGAUGCUGCUGGGAAGGAUGAUGCAGGGUGCCCAGAUGGAAGAUCCCAGCUUGCCAUGUGGGAACAACACCUCUCGAUCCAUACGACAGGUACUCUACGGGCUGCUGCUGAGUGGGAGGAGGUCAGACCACAGUAGUCAGAGACCCCCAGUUGAUGAAGUGGAGGAGUAUUACAGGGAAGGCAAGAACCUGACCAGCUGCAUGGUUGAAGCCGUCCUGCCCAGUGCUGCAGAACAGAUGCAGCUAGACACUCUGCAUCAGGCUCCAAGGUCAGUGCAGCUUAAUGUGUUUUUGGAGACACUUGGUGUGUCCCAGUCCACUUUGAGCGGUGUCCCGCCUCAUCUGCGUCUUCCUGUGGCUGUCACCUGCUACUGGCUGAGACACGCCCAUCCCCCUCCAGAACUCCCUGUCCUGCAGGCCCUGCUACUAGGAUUGGUGUACGGAGAGCUCUGCAGACAGAGGAAGAGCCAAAGAGGGUUUAUGGAGGGACCAGUGUUGGAGAGGCUGAGAGGGCUGAUUCAGAGAGGUAGAAGGAGCCUAGACCUGGGUGUGGCCCACGCCUACAGCCAGUGGCAGUGCUGCCUGAAAGAAAGCCUUCACCUCAACCAACUGCUGUGCUUCCCUCUAGUCGAGGCUCAGUGUGCCUGGCUGUACAAGGGCACUCUGGUGCACCAGCUUGUGACCAAACUGAGAGGGGGGUUAACCCCGGAUUCUCUCCUGAUGGGAGGCCCUUGCUCUGGGCAGCUGUAUAGGCCCAUGCUGGGAGCCAUACUCAACUCCCAGGAUGCUGCUGUCAUCCCCUUGGUGUCUGGGCCGCAGAGGGCCACAUCUCCAUCCUUGACACAGCCACGGGACGAUCUGACGGCCCAUCUACACAUUCUGGCUCUGGAAUAUGAUGAUGAUGAUGGUGCUGGAGGUGGGAGCAAGGCCAAGCCAGAGGACGAUCUGGGUUGGACUUUGGUCUCAGUGCGGACCCGGCACAAGAGCAAGGACAGAUUCAACCGAACUCGGAAUCCAGAAUUCUCCCGGAAGCAGGGGCGGAUCGGCUGGGAGUAGGGAGGGACCAUGUUGAAUUUAUUAUGGAUUUAUUAUGGAUAAAUGAAUAAACAAUAUCCCCAUUUUAAAUAGAAUUGUGUCUAGGUAAACUUAUACUCUGUAUGUUUAAUAGACAAUAUGAGUUCAUAAGAAGAAAUUGUGUGACAGGAGAAAGGAGUAAUAAAACCAUUACAACUGGGCAGGAACAAAUGGGUUGUGGACUGUGUAAACACAUAAGGUCGUUAGCCUAUGGUUGACCCAACCUGAAACUUAGCUCUGGGGUUUUUAGAUUAGGCAGUGAGUGCAUUCCUAGGGUUUCUGUUAAUUAAACCUGUCAGUUCAGUGGUGAUCGAUAAUGUUGAGGGGUCAAAAGUUAUCUGGGAGUGUGUUAGUAAGAUAGAAUUAACUUUUCACCUUACUUUGUCCUGUCGAGAGAGGGGGGGGGGUUUGGUUAAGACAGUGAAAUGACAUCAUGAUCUGUAUAUAAACUAAUGCAUGUGUUUGAGUGGGAGCGCGCUCCGAGAAUAAAUUCUAUUACCUAUUAUUUAAAGACUGGUCUGCGUCUAUUUUAUGCAAACAAGAAAUCUUACAAAUUCUCAUAAAAUAGAUGAAGGGCUUUCAAUUGAUGAAAGCACAUUGGCAUAAUUAAAUUAUACUAACAGACCAUUAUAUAACUGUUUAUAUAUAGAGACGUUCUGCUCAACUCUUUAAUGUUUUUAUUGUUCUUAUGUGUACUGUCGUAGCUGAAUCAGAAUUAGUUAUGUAACAUUGAUAAAUAAGUUGUUUUAUUUUUUUCUCAUAAUAUGCUUCUGUAGGGAAAAGUCACUUGGGGCCCAGAGAGGGGAGAGGUCAGGCUUGUCUUUUAUAUGUCUGGUAAUAGGCAGAAUAUCAGAAAGGGAGAAGUCAGGGUUGAACAUUGUCUUCAUAAUGAAUAUAUCUGUGAUACCAUGUGAAGGGCUCCACUAUGUCUGUACUCCAGUCACUCCCUCCUUUUCCCAUUGGGGGGAGGAGUAUGGCAGUGUCUGGAACCAUUGUAUGUCCCCUCUGAUGUUGAAACUUAUCUUUCAUAGUAUAUGACCUAGAGGCUCACUCCCCUCAGGGAGCUUGUCCAGGGGUGGGUUGUAUUUGAGAUGGGAGUAUCUAGAAUUGACAAUUGAUAUAUGCCAUUGGAUGAGGUAAUGUUUUGGUAAUAGGAAGUACCAAGAAUGAGAAGUAGAACCUUGUCUUACAGAGCAACGUGAACAAUAAUUUAUAGCUAAUGCUAUCUGGCUAUGGGAUACUCCUCUUUCAAGUAAAAGGCCCUUUGUGAAGUUCCUAAGAUCUGUGAUUCGUCAUUGUGAGUUGAGAGGGGUGUACCGAUGACUGAGUAAUGUUUGUAGUGAUGACUGAGGAAUGUUUGUACUGAUGACUGAGUAAUGUUUGUACUGAUGACUGAGUAAUGUUUGUACUGAUGACUGAGUAAUGUUUGUACUGAUGACUGAGUAAUGUUUGUACUGAUGACUGAGUAAUGUUUGUAGUGAUGACUGAGGAAUGUUUGUACUGAUGACUGAGUAAUGUUUGUACUGAUGACUGAGUAAUGUUUGUACUGAUGACUGAGUA